GUCAAGCACUUGAAGCUGCACAUAAAGGCUGGGGCGAAUCGUGCAUUCUUGGUGUUGCCGCAGCUGGAAAAGAAAUUUCAACACGUCCGUUCCAGCUUGUCACUGGUCGUACGUGGAAGGGAAGUGCUUUUGGAGGUUAUGUAUGUGUGUGAAAUUUCAGGUUGGAAAAGUGUCGAUAGUGUCCCGAAACUUGUUGAGGAGUACCAGAAGGGUAAAAUUGCGCUUGAUAAAUUUAUCACUGGCCAUUAUGAUUUAUCACAGAUCAAUGAAGCAUUUGAAUCGUUGCAUUCCGGCCAAGGGUAUUUUUUUCUUCCUUCCUUUUCUUAUGAGAAAUUGAUGGUGGUAACAACUGGUUAG